AUGUCUUCUACUUCUAAUACCCAACAACCACCUACUUCCUCGGCGAACAUACAAUCUCAGACUGCCUCCAAUGCCAAUACCGAUCCGGGUAGUGGAUAUGCGCCAAUCGAUAGUCAACUCGCAGGCUUGGUGGAGGCCGCUACCCAAGCCGCAUCGACGGAUGUUUCCUGGGCCUCUGCUGCUGAAGUAACAGCGGCAGCAGCAGAGCGUCACCCUUUGGAAAACUACAAUACGGAGAUGCACCUUGGUGAUGACACCUUUGGCGACACUCAUUUCGGCUCCGGUAUGGGCGGGGAUAGACACCUGAGAGUUCCAAAUGAACAUGCACAGUCUCCCGGCCUUUCUCGUACUGUGUCGAAGAAACGAAAGAGAAAUGAGGAUAACCUUGAUCCUCAGCUUGCCGCUGCUGGACUCAGUGGGUCGCAGCAACAGUAUCACUCCCAGCAGAACCAGCAUGGUCACCCCGGUGUAAACAUGGAUAUUCGACCUGUACCACAACAAGCAUUGCCCGUAGAGCGUGCACCUGGAGUUCAUUCUGCGGCUGCGCUCUUUCGCCAGCCAUCAAGCAAUAAGAAAUACACACGACCUCCAAUGUCCAAACUCUUCUCGUCACUCGAAUUGUCUCCGGAAAACUUCCUUCAUCUCCAAGCUGCAGCAAAGGCUUACAUGCUUGACAACAAUCACCCUGAACGACGAGACUGCGUAGGACAGAGAGGCAAAGGUGAUACGGAAAUGGUGAAGUUGCGACUCUGGAACUGCGUCAAGACAUUCCUCGACAACGAAGGCAACGGAGAGCGAUUCUUCGGAGAAAAUGUCGUCAAUGAGAACAUGGGCCCGAGACAGUUCGUAUGGCCACGAGACUCGCAAAAAAUCAUCUCACUCGUCAUUCCUCUCUUGCGGCGAAUGGUCACAAAUGAGCGCCAGCGCCAGUACGCGAUUGAAACACGCAAAGGAGGCGGCAAUGACGAACGUCGCCGCCGUCAGACAAACGAGAGCUUCCCGGAAUUGGGCGGGCCUCGUUUCUCACCUGAGCAACAACUCCAGAUGCACAGCGAACGCCAAAACCACCGCGCAGAGAGCGUGAGCCAGUCAAUGCCUCCGCCGCAGAUCAAUACACAGCAAACUCUGACUGAGGCUUGCAUGCCAACGGAAAUUAACCUGACAGAUCUCUUUUUGGAUGGGUACACCGUUGACUGGAACGAAGUUGCCAGAACAUAUGACAUGUACAACGGAACAGACCUGCAACUGGACCAUCUGUGGUCUCUGUCCGGUCUCCAACAGCCUGAUUGGCGUGGAAUUGUCGCUGCCAUCGAUAGCCACUACUAUGUCGUCCAUAACGGUCACUACGAGUGUGCGCCCGCUUGCGAGAACGAAAACAUUAACCGCAUCAUUCAUGCAAACUCAACAGCCAAUUUGAACUGGCGAAUUGGAGGAGUCAACAACCAGCCAGCGCGUGAUGAGUUUGCAAGCAGUAUCACCCGAGAUGUAUCGCGGAUCAUCCGCGAAAAUCUCGCCGCUAGAGAGGAUGCUUUUCCGCCCCCGCAAACCUCAACCCAACAUUACAGCCCUCGAUCUCCCCUAUAUCUCCGAAUCAACGUAUUGAAGCAGAGCAAUCGGAUUUUGCCCCGAAUCGAUCUACCUGCGAACGAGUGUUCUGACGUCAAUACGUUGAAACAAAUUGUCAUGCGCCGCUUCCCAGAGCUCAUCGGAUCUGACAAUUUUGAGCCUAGUUCUCAACAAGCCCGAGACGUCGCUGCUCAAUGGAAGACCAGAGUUUUGCUUCCGGAUGGCCUCGUCGAAAUCCAGAACGACAAAGACUGGACCGUGGCCCUCCUAUCUGCCGAUUCCACGGAGUGGAUGGACGGAGAUUUGAAAGUUUUGAUCGAUCUUCACCAAAAUCAGCAUUAG